GCUUGACGAAGAGGGGGGUAAUAGACAGUGACACCCUCAAAUACCUAGAGCUUGUCAUUAUGCGCUAUUCGCUCGUCUUAAUAUCGGGUCCUAGAUAUCUGGUCUCCUAUUAAUAGCGGAAUCUGUGGGAACUGGUCUUGAGAAAAUGCCGCUAUCCACCGGGGGGGGGGCGACGGUAAAUUGCAGGCUACCAUAAGUACGAGCUUCCCCUGUUGGUUGCCAAGGUUCUCACGCCCUACUUGUUCCCGAUCGGUAGCCACCAGAGAACCGUACGCUCUCUUCAAGAUGCUACUCUCCCUCCCUCUCCUCUUUGCCCCGGCUCUGGUCGCCGCUCACGGCGCUGUGACCAGCUACCAGAUUGGCGGCAAGACGUAUGAGGGCUACCAGGGCUUCUCCCCGGUGGCCGGCGCUCAGAUCAUCCAGAGACAGUGGCCCGACUACAACCCGAUCAUGACCGCCUCAUCCGCCGCGAUGACCUGCAACGGCGGUACUUCGGCACCUCUCUCGGCCGAAGUCGCGGCGGGCGAGAACGUGACCGCGAUUUGGAAGCAGUGGACUCACCAGCAGGGCCCCGUUAUGGUCUGGCUCUACGCCUGCGACGGCGAGUUCACCGCGUGCGAUGGCAAGAGCAAGAAGUGGUUCAAGAUCGACCAGAUGGGCCUGUGGGGUAACGUCCUGAACAGCAACAACUGGGGCACCGCGCUGGUCUACAGAGACCUGAAGUGGUCGAGCAGGAUCCCCAAGAGCCUCAAGCCGGGCAACUACCUCAUCCGCCACGAACUGCUGGCCCUCCACCAGGCCAACACCCCGCAGUUCUACCCAGAAUGCGCCCAGAUCAAGGUCACCGGCUCCGGUACUGCCACUCCCGGCGCCAACUUCCUCGCCUCCAUCCCUUCCUACGCGGCGCAAUCCGAUCCCGGCAUCAUGGUCGACAUCUACCAGGGCAAGGCAACUUCGUACAGGCCUCCGGGACCUGAUGUCUGGACCGGCUGAGUGCCAAAGAAUUGAGGACUG